GGAGGCUUCGCCAUUGUUCAACUCCGAUCAACAUCAGCAUCACCUUCGGUCAAAUAAUUAAUUCGGUAACAUGUCUAAGGGACCAGCAGUCGGCAUCGAUCUCGGGACCACCUACUCCUGUGUGGGUGUGUUCCAGCAUGGCAAGGUUGAAAUCAUUGCCAACGACCAGGGCAACAGGACCACUCCAAGCUACGUUGCCUUCACUGACUCUGAGAGGCUAAUCGGGGAUGCUGCUAAGAAUCAGGUUGCCAUGAACCCCUGCAACACAGUAUUCGAUGCUAAGAGACUGAUUGGCCGCAGGUUUGAUGAUGGAGUUGUUCAAUCGGACAUGAAGCAUUGGCCCUUUGAAGUUAUCAAUGAUUCUACUCGGCCUAAGCUCCAAGUUGAAUACAAAGGCGAGACUAAGUCAUUCUACCCAGAAGAAAUUUCAUCCAUGGUUCUGGUCAAGAUGAAGGAGAUUGCUGAGGCCUACCUUGGAAAAACUGUCAACAAUGCAGUUGUUACCGUACCUGCCUACUUCAACGACUCCCAGCGCCAGGCAACCAAAGAUGCUGGUACCAUCUCGGGGCUGAAUGUGCUGCGUAUCAUCAAUGAGCCAACUGCUGCUGCCAUUGCCUACGGCUUGGACAAGAAGGUCGGUGCUGAAAGGAAUGUCCUUAUCUUUGAUCUGGGUGGCGGCACCUUUGACGUGUCCAUCCUGACCAUCGAGGAUGGCAUCUUUGAGGUCAAGUCCACUGCCGGAGACACCCAUCUGGGUGGAGAAGACUUUGACAACCGCAUGGUCAACCACUUCAUCGCGGAGUUCAAGCGCAAGUACAAGAAAGACAUCAGCGACAACAAGAGGGCUGUUCGCCGUCUCCGUACCGCAUGUGAGAGGGCAAAGCGCACCCUGUCCUCCAGCACCCAGGCCAGCAUCGAGAUCGACUCUUUGUACGAGGGAAUUGACUUCUACACCUCCAUCACCAGGGCUCGCUUUGAGGAGCUCAAUGCAGACCUUUUCCGUGGCACCCUUGACCCAGUGGAGAAAUCCCUCCGCGAUGCCAAGAUGGACAAAGCCCAGGUGCACGACAUCGUUCUGGUCGGAGGCUCCACUCGUAUCCCCAAGAUCCAGAAACUGCUCCAAGAUUUCUUCAACGGCAAAGAGCUCAACAAGAGCAUCAACCCCGACGAAGCUGUGGCGUAUGGCGCAGCUGUCCAGGCAGCCAUACUUUCAGGUGACAAGUCUGAGAAUGUCCAGGACCUGCUUUUGCUGGACGUCACACCCCUGUCCCUGGGUAUUGAGACCGCUGGAGGUGUCAUGACCGUCCUGAUCAAACGUAACACCACCAUCCCAACCAAGCAGACCCAGACCUUCACCACCUACUCAGACAACCAGCCUGGUGUGCUCAUUCAGGUGUAUGAGGGUGAGAGGGCCAUGACCAAGGACAACAACCUGUUGGGCAAGUUUGAGCUGACUGGAAUCCCCCCUGCACCUCGCGGUGUUCCUCAGAUUGAGGUCACAUUCGACAUCGAUGCUAACGGCAUCAUGAAUGUGUCUGCUGCUGACAAAAGCACUGGGAAGGAGAACAAGAUCACCAUCACCAAUGAUAAGGGUCGUCUGAGCAAGGAGGACAUUGAGCGCAUGGUCCAGGAGGCUGAGAAGUACAAGUGUGAGGAUGAUGUGCAGCGUGACAAGGUCUCUUCUAAGAACUCACUAGAGUCCUAUGCUUUCAACAUGAAGUCUACUGUGGAGGAUGAGAAACUGCAGGGAAAGAUCAGUGAUGAGGACAAGACAAAGAUUCUGGAGAAGUGCAACGAGGUCAUCGGGUGGCUGGACAAGAACCAGACUGCUGAGAAGGAAGAGUACGAGCACCACCAGAAGGAGCUGGAGAAGGUGUGCAACCCCAUCAUCACCAAGCUAUACCAGGGUGCAGGUGGGAUGCCUGGCGGUAUGCCUGAGGGCAUGGCUGGCGGAUUCCCUGGAGCUGGUGGUGCUGCUCCUGGAGGUGGUGGAUCAUCUGGACCAACCAUUGAGGAAGUCGACUAAACAUUCCAUUGUUUCUGCAACUACCUCCCCCUAACAAGCAAAGUUUGAAAUAUGUUCUACCCUCUUGUCAAGGAGUGAAAUUUGAAUAAAGGUUGAGGGAUCACAUAUUUUGCAACUUUGUUUGCUACACAACAGAACAGUAAUUUUCUGUUUGCACAACUAAGCUGUCAAAUGUAUUUUCUCAGUUGUCAUCUGCCUUUGUCACAAUGCCUUUAGGACAAAAUAAAAUACAGUGACCUUCCACCUUUA